AGACAAUAAAACUUGGACGAAUUUGCUUCAAUGUCACAGCAACGAGCAAAAAGUAAAGUAAUAAUGUUGUUCCAGAUAUUGUAAUCCAUGACGCCACAUUAUUUGUCUUUAUGAGUGAGGGAGAUGCGUGCACUAAGGGUGUCCAUAAAUUGGUCCCUCAUCCUCUUUCCUGCACCUCCACCAAACCAGCUAAACAAGGAUAGAGAAUGGAGGUGGGGAAGGCCAAGAGUGCUCAUGUUCUGCUUCUUCCCUAUCCAUCGCAAGGCCACAUAAACCCAUUGCUCCAAUUUGCUGAUCGCCUUGCUAGCAACUGCCUCUGUGCCACCAUCGUGGCCCCGAUCCGAAACCGAAGCGAUUUUCACAAGGCGGACCCCUCUGCCCUUGCCACCACCCACCUCGAGUUCUUCUCCGAUGGCCACGAUGAUGGUUUGCCACCGGAUUUCACUUUCGAGACUUAUGAACCUAAUCUCAGGCGUACUGGCUCUCGGGCAGUGGGCGACCUCAUAGAUAGGUUGACUGUAGAGGGUGAGCGACCCGUUUGUCUCGUCUACGACUCGUUUCUUACUUGGGCCUUAGAUGUUGCCCAUGACCAUGGUAUCCUUGGGGUCUCCUUCCUCACUCAGUCUUGUGCAGUGUGCUCCAUAUACGAUCGCUACCUUCGCGACCUUCCUGUCACACCGAAAGAGCCCAAUGGGUAUGUCGCGAUCCCGGGGAUGCCACUGUUGGGCUUACGAGAUAUACCGUCGUUCAUCGCCCAACCUGAAAGCUAUGGUUUCUUCCUUGAAAUGUUGUCGGGCCAGUUCAAGAACAUAGACCAGGCAGAUUAUGUGCUCGUGAACUCAUUUGACAGUUUGGAGGCAGAAGUGAGGAAGGAGAUAGCAGAAUCCUGGUCUCUGAUGAUGAUCGGGCCGGCUCUCCCCUUGGUCUACUUAGGCAGUAAAAAUCCAAGAGCAACAAAGAUAAGUGGUGAACAAGGGAUGCUCACUGAUUGUCUCCAAUGGCUAGACGGGAAGCCUGUCGGGUCUGUGGUGUAUGUCUCAUUUGGGAGCAUGGCGGUUCUUUCCGCCGAGCAAAUGGAGGAGGUCUCCGGCGCCUUGCGCUGGUGCAAGUGGCCAUUCCUGUGGGUGGUGAGGCCUCCGUCUGCAAACGAAAAAGGUGGAAAUUCACUACCAGAGGGAUUCAUAGAGGCCACAUCGGAGCAAGGGCUGGUGGUGCCCUGGUGCCCACAGCUCGAUGUCCUUGCGCAUAGAGCUGUUGGAUGUUUCGUGACCCAUUGUGGAUGGAACUCGACACUGGAGGGGCUAACCCAAGGGGUUCCCAUGGUCGCGAUUCCGCAGUGGAGUGACCAGCCGACGAACUCAAAGUUAGUCUCCGACGUCUGGAAGAUGGGCGUGCGCGUCGAGGUGGACGAGAAGGAAGUGGUUCGGAGAGGAGAAGUGGAGAGGUGCAUAAGGGAGGUGAUGGAAGGUGAGAGGGGCGCGGAGCUGAGGAGGAAUGCACGCAGGUGGAGAGAUUUUGCUUGGGAGGCUGUGGCAGAAGGGGGCAGUUCGGAUAAGAACAUUAAACAGUUCGUGGCCAAGUUGUCUUCUUCUCACUUGAAUAGCAAGUAGGAUGGAUCCAUCAUGGGAUAUGUAUAUGGAAAAAGUUUAUAUAGGGGUGCAACUUUAUAAUGUAGACAACGGAUGCACUUCAAAAAUCUAUCGGGAAUGGUUAUUUUAAUGUAAGCUCCACAUCCAGAUGUAUGGCUUUGAACAUUAAAAAUAUGUUGAGUUUAAAAAA